AAAAAAAAAAAGUUUCACCAAACGUUUUUGCGUGGGAAAGCAAAGCAAGUCUGGCGGGCAAGAAUCAUGUUCUUCUUCUGACAGACUCUGACAGAGAGAUAAGCUUAGCUGGGUACGUGUUUGUUGCGGUUGUAAUCACACAACCUGAGACCAAGCACUGAUUUUCAUGGCAAAAUAAUGCUCAGCUAGCGAUUAUGGACUGUGGCUAUGAUUUGUUGUGCUUCUUUGAGUUGUGAAAUUGAAGCUCUCUCUUUCCAAAGACUACCGAUCACACAUACAGCUGAACAACAUCCUGAUGGGGUCAGAUUUUCAAGGUUCGAGGACAUGAAAGCAAAUGUCCAUAAGGGGUUGUGUGUGGGUUUGUCGUAAAAGGAGAGAGAAAGAAAAUGUGAGAAGCAUAUUAGAGUAUUUUUGGUUUGAUUUUCUGGCUCACCCACAUACUAGUGGCUUCAGUGGUCUGAGAGAGCGAAUUCCCCAUCAUUCCAUCUGCCAUGGUUAGCAAUAUCCAUUACAAGAUUGGAUCAAAAGUUUUGGUAUAUGGCUUGCAGUGUCACAAAAGCACUGUUAUAGAGUACAAUGAUGAAUUUUCAUGCUUAUAUUGGAAGGAAUAAAUUCUUGCAAAAUCACGAUACAAUCACAAACAAACUGAAAGUACCCACUUGGAAGCAAAAUUGCCAAUGAUGCUGAUCCCUACAAAGUACUUUGUAUAAUGUUUAUCAAGAAGAGGUUAAUGGAGCUGUUUCCUCCAAGAUGGAGGAAUCUGUGGACUGAAUGGCAGCUACGAGUGUUGAUUCUACUUAGUCUCACUAGCCAAAUAAUUCUGGUCAUUCUGGGCAAUCGUAGAAAGUAUAUAUCUGGACCUUGGAUCAGAUUGAUUGUUUGGUCAACCUACUUACUAGCUGACUCAAUAGCUAUAAUGGCUGUUGGUAUUAUCUCAAAUGACAUAGGAGAAGUCUACAAUGACAAUGGUUUAGUUGAUACAAAGUAUGAGCUAAUAACAUUUUGGGCAGCCUUUUCGCUAUUGCACUUAGGUGGCACAGACACCAUUACUGCUUACUCCUUGGAGGACAAUGAGUUGUGGAAAAGGCACUCAUUGGGAGUGGUUAUCCAAGCAAUUGCAACGGUGUACAUUUGGCUCACGGCCUGGACAAGCUCUCGUCUUUCCCUACUUUUUGCUUUGAUGUUCUUUGUUGGGCUUGUGAAAUACUGUGAAAGAGUGUGGGUUCUUUUCUUGGCAAGUGAAAAAAGAUUUAGAGACUCAAUUCCAGAUACCCCUACCAAUGAUUCUAAAAUAAUGGAGAAAUGUAAACUGAAGCUGUUUGAGGGGUACCAUCUCACAACACAUCAGGUUUUUGAGGUUCAGGUGCCAGACCAUUCAGCUGGAACAACAUCAAAUGAGUCUAAUCCUCAUGCAUAUGAGUUACUUAUGGCCUAUAGCUUGCAUGAGAUGGUCAAACGUCUCUUCGCAGAUCUCAUACUCGGCUUCCAGGAUCGAGAUGCAAGUAGAGAAAUCUUUAAAAGGCUGUCUGUUCAACGGGCUUUCAAUGUUAUUGAGAUUGAACUCGGGUUUAUAUAUGAUUUAUUGUACACCAAGGCAAAGGCAAUCUAUUCUCCUUGGGGCAUUGCACGACGAAUUGUUGGAAUCCUUAUCAUUUUCACUGUAUUGGUGCUAUUUGUCACCCUCAAGGAGAGACAUCAUCACUCCAAGAUUGACAUUAUCAUAACUUUGGUAUUGUUGGUAGUCGCUCUUCUUUUGGAGUUAUAUGCAUUUAGGGAACUACUUCUCUCCGACCAGACCGCUCAUUGGUUAAUUAAGCAUGAGAAACCGACUUUCUUACCAGUCAUCAAUAGUACUUUACGAUGUAAAUGGCAUAAAAGACGCAGGUGGUCAAAUUCCAUUAGUCAGUUCAGUCUGCUAAGCUUUUCCCUAGGAAAAGCACCCUUACCCUAUUAUGGCAUCCUGAAGAUGUCAGGCAUUGAUGAAAUGCUUGAGAUCCAACCGUAUGAUAUUCCUCAACAAGACAUUCCUGAUAUAAAAUAUUUGAUCUUCUGUGAGAUCAAGGAUAUUAGGGAUUGGGCAGAAGUGAGUAAUUAUGACACAGAUCUUAUAGCUUUGUAUGGUCAUAGGGGAGGCCGCACACUUGAAAGGUAUAAACGUGGGGAUCUUGCUUGGAGUGUUGAAAAAGGGUUUGACCAGAGCAUCCUUAUCUGGCACCUUGCUACAGAAAUUUGCUACUUCCAAGAUUACAUAAAGCCGGAUGAGAUUAAAACAUGGAUUGACGGUGAAGGUAAACGAAACCCAAAAGAUGAAAGAAGUGCAAUAGGUUUACUGCGCCAAAGAUGCAAUUACCUAUCGCGAUAUAUGCUCUACCUUCUAGUAAGGUGUCCUAGUAUGUUACCAAUUGGUAUGGGGCAUAUCAAGUUCCGGGACAUUUAUACUGAGGUUGGGGAAUUUAUUGAAGAACAUACUGGCAAAUCAGUUGGAGAUGAGGAGGAAGCUUCGAAGACACUGAGUAAAGUGAAAACUGACAUCAUGCUAACAGUUGGAGGGAAGGGUAGAAGCAAUAAUUUAAUAUUUUAUGCAUGUAAGCUUGCUUCAUCAUUAGGUCCAGGCGAGGAGAAGUGGGAUAUAAUUAAAAAUGUUUGGCUGGAAAUGUUGGGUCAUGCUGCUAGCCAAUGUAAAGGAAGGCUUCACGCUCAGCAGCUGAGACGAGGAGGAGAGCUUCUCACUCAUGUAUGGCUUCUAAUGGCACAUUUUGGCUUAACUGAUCACUUUCAAAUUUCACACAGCCAUGCAAUAGCUGAAGUGAUUCUGAGAUAGAUUAAAAUUUAUAUUUGUAGCUUAAUUGCAUUUGGGCUUUAAUUAGAGAACUAUACAUAAACAUUAAUGUGGGCUCUAUGUGCCGAACUCAUAUAUAGUAUUAUGUGAGAAUGUGUAUAUAUAGUACCCUGGAUACACCAAAUAAUUUACUUCUUAAUCCUAGGAGAUUGAUCAUUUGGCAGUGGCACAGCAUCUGGAAGGUUGAUACACUAUGAAAUUUGUUGGUCUCUUA